GUUAGUCACGUCUGUUCAUCCUCACUUUGUCCAUAGCAACAACGGACGACGACCAGCAAAUCGUCUCGGACUUCUGGCUACACUUGCACGGCCCCUAACUCUUUGUCUGUCUCUAUUUUCUAAUACCACAUUCUACAGUGGCUUAAAACUUCUUAUUCCAGCCGACUCACCCGAAAAUGACUACGUCGUACAAGCCAGCAGAUUCAAAAAGGGAAGAAUUCCGAAAGUAUUUAGAAAAGGCUGGGGUUUUGGAUGCUCUCACAAAAGUUCUAGUUGGACUUUACGAAGAACCUGAUAAGCCAAACAAUGCUUUAGAAUUUUUGAAACAGCAUCUUGGUGUUUCCGGUCCUGAAACAGCAGAUGUAGAUGCCUUGAAGUUAGAGGUCAUAGAAUUACAGGAGAAAGUGGAACAACUUCAAGAGGAGAAUUCAGAUCUCAAAAGCAAGCUUCAACAAUAUGAACCCAAUUUGACAGAACAGUCUGUUGAUAACUAACCAUCCUCUGUUGUCAUGUCCCACUGCUGUUGUCACAUCCACACACAUGACUGGCCUUAUAACACUGGAUGGCUUUAACUUUCCACUUAAUUCAAAUAGAAUUUUGAAAAGCAAUUUAUUUUUUAUGUUUGUUUAUUUGUUAUUCUUUAUUUCUAUUGGUAUUUCAUAUCAUUUAGUUUCUCUCUAUCUCUCUCUCUCUUUAUCCCUCCCUCCUAUCUACCUAUCUAUUUAUCAUCAAUCUAUCUAUCUAUCUUCCUGUCUGUCUAUAUAUGUCAUCUGGUUACCUGUCUAUUUAUCUGUCUCUCUCAUCACCUAUACCUUCAGUAAAUAACUGUCUCAUUGGUUGCUAUUAUCAACAGCUGUUCUGGAGGGAUACUCAGAACAGAUUUCAUAUCCCACAAUGCAUUAUCGCUGGGAGCCCCCAUUGUUUGCUGGCUCCCAGUUGACAAUUUGUUAUUCAGUUGUGAAAUAGUCUCAUGAAUAAAAAAAAAAAUUAAAAAAAAAAGACAAUGCUUCAAUUGUUUAACUUAUUUUCAAUUUCAUCUUUUUAAGUUAAUAAAACAUUUUUCUGUAAUGAA